AUGUGGCGUGCGAUACUACUGCUGUCGUCGGUGACUCUCAGCCAGUGCCAAACGACGCCCAACCGGGUGGCUAGCGUGACCACGGUGUGUGACAAAGCUUCUAUGACAGUGCAUCUGGAAAUGGCACAGCCGUUUAAAGGGCUCGUGUUCAGCAAAGACUUCUCUAGAGAAUGUCGUGUCCAAGGUAAACGUGAAAAUAAAAUUACUCUCCACUUGCCAUCAAACGCCUGCGGGGUUAGGACGUCCACUUUGAAUGGAACAUUAAAUGAACUCGCUGAAGACGAGCUUCUCUACUAUAACGUGGAGCUGGUUGUGCAAAUGGACAAGCAGCUGCAACAAUCUUCAGAUCAAGAGCUGUUUGUCAGAUGCAAAUUGCAACCUCGUGCGGUGCGCAUCAACAGUUUGGCGUUAGAGUCGGUAAUCAACAACAAAUUACGCGAAAUGGCCGGCAGGGAGGCGAAGAAAACGAGAACAGGCCGACAAAGACAAGGCUUCGCAAACGCGGCCGAAUUAGAACAACGAGAAUGGCUGAUGGCUGCAGCGAGGGCCUGGAUGGAGUUGGCACCAGCUACAUCAGUCACAGAACCCGCUACCGUUGAAGUAGGACAGCCUACAAAGUUACUCAUACAAUGCACAUUGCCAGAGGGUGUCGGUCUUCGAGUAACCAACUGCGUCGCACAUGAUGGCUUAGGAGAAGCAUCACAAAAGUUAUUAGACGAAGCAGGCUGUCCCAUAGACGAGACCAUAUUCAACAAACCAUCAAUCCACCAUCACGAUCACAAAAGCUCGGAAAUCGACUUUUCAGACCUAGAGCCUGUCGAUCCUCAGAAGAACAUUGACGAAAGCAUUAAUAUAAAGCUAGCAAAGACUGACCCUGAUAAUAUGUUCAAAAAUAUAAUGACAUAUCAGCACGCUAUUACCACGUUCGCGGCUUUUAAGUUUCCUGACAGGGCAAAGCUGCACUUAACUUGCGGUGUCGAGUUGUGUAAAGGACAAUGCCCGCCGGUAGACUGCAAAGCUUUACAGAAACCUCAACAAACCAGAGAUGGACUGCUCAGGAAGGCGAGGCUAGAUAAAGACGCUAAAGGUAUUGUGAUUGAUAGGCUGGAGGUAUACAAUAGUAUAGAGGUACAUGCGCCCAAUAUUGAACUGGAAGAUGAAGCGUCCAUACGAGGCUCGAGAAGAAUAGAAUCGGAAGAAGACGAAUUUGUACGAGGGUUUUCACCAGGAGACAAAACCAUCUGCUUAUCUCCAGGAAAAAUGGCACUUGCGUUCUGUAUCCUCGGGAUUAUAUUCCUGUGCGCUAUUGCUGUUGCUUUUAUCUCAUUGGUGCGAGCCAGACGUCGUUUAGGAAGAGAGCCUCUCCAUACGUCUCUCUCUUUUUACACUGGAAGCAAGAGUGUGUUCUCCUCAAGCGAGAGUUCAAGUUCUGGUCUCAGUGGCAGCAAACUUCUACUUACAGACAGUCCAUAUUUAGACCAUCACUCAUCUUCGAGCAAUAACUGGCCUUAUUCUAGAGCAUUUUGA